CGCGUGACACGCGCGCACACAAAGACGCACGCUCUUCGCGCGGGUCAGGUCCAAGGACCCGGAUGACGCGAACUUUCAGAACCAGAAGCUUGUGAAGAACAAGAAAAGAAGAAGCUCGCCGCUGGGAUGCCGGAUGAAGUUUGACGUGCACGAGCAAACUCAACUUUUCGAUCCAAAUUACACCGCCCGUGACAAAGGAGCGACUCCCGCCUCCCGCCGCGAUCAGGCGGCAUCGUUUCCCGAGCGAGCGUUGUUCCUCGAGCGCCUCCAAAGUGCUCCCGCGACGCUUCCCGCGCAAACCGCGACCGCGGGCCCGGGCCAUGGGCCGCUACGGCGGUACGGCGUCCUCCGAGGAGGCGGGCGCCAAGCUGGCUAACGGCUACGGCAAAGCCCGCACGCGUCCGCAGCGGGCGAGCCGCUUCGUGAAGAAGGACGGCCACUGCAACGUCCGCUACGUCAACGUGAGCGAGAAGGGUCAGCGCUACCUGGCCGACAUCUUCACCACAUGCGUGGACGUGCGCUGGCGCUGGAUGCUGCUCAUCUUCUGCUCGGCCUUCCUGCUCUCCUGGCUCUUCUUCGGGUGCGUCUUUUGGCUCCUCGCCAUCUUCCACGGCGACCUGAAGGUCCACGCCGGGCACAAGUGCGUCUCCAACGUCAGCACCUUCACGGCCGCCUUCCUGUUUUCCGUGGAGACGCAGACCACCAUCGGCUACGGCUACCGCUACGUGACGGACGAGUGCCCGGCCGCCGUCUUCGCCGUAGUCUUCCAGAGCAUUGUGGGCUGCGUCAUCGACGCCUUCGUCAUCGGCGCCAUCAUGGCCAAGAUGGCCAAACCCAAGAAGAGGAACGAGACCCUGGUGUUCAGCCACAACGCCACGGUGGCCAUGAGGGACAACAAGCUGUGCCUGAUGUGGCGGGUGGGCAACCUGCGGCGCAGUCACCUGGUGGAGGCUCACGUACGGGCGCAGCUCCUCCGCUCCCGCACCACGGCCGAGGGCGAGUACAUCCCGCUGGACCAGACCGACAUGGACGUGGGUUUCGACAGCGGCGUGGAUCGCAUCUUCCUGGUGUCGCCCAUCACCGUGGUGCACGUGAUCGACGAGGACAGCCCCUUCUAUGGCGUGGGCAAACGGGACCUCCGCGCCUGCGACUUUGAGGUGGUGGUGAUCCUGGAGGGCAUGGUGGAGGCCACCGCCAUGACCACGCAGUGCCGCAGCUCCUACGUGGCCGGCGAGAUCCUGUGGGGGCAUCGCUUCCGACCCGUGCUCUUCGAGGAGAACGACUACUACAAGGUGGACUACGCACGCUUCCACGCCACCUACGAGGUGCCCGGCACACCGCAGUGCAGCGCCCGAGAGUUGGCGCAGAACAAGUACACGGUGUCCGCCUCGGGAUCCUUCUGCUACGAGAACGAGACGGCGACGGACGCUCGGGAGGACACGGACGAGGGCAACGGCGGCAGCGUCGGACCCGACGCCGUCCGGGACGCCGACCGCGACCGGACCGCCGCCGCCGCGCCGCUCAGACGAGAGUCAGCGAUAUGAACCGCACGCAAGCCAGUCGACCGCCACUUCGGAACUUUGAGUUCCGAACUUAAGAGGCGACGGCGCCCCCUCCCUCCGCGCUGCGGGAUCGCCACUCGUGUGACCGUCAAAGGGGGCGUGUCCAGCCACGGUACAAGCGGGAGACGCCAUUGGCCGACCGUGUCGGUGGCUCGCUAUCGAUGUUGUACAUUCGCGUCGUCGUCGUCGAUCUUCUCUUCCUCGUCCUCUGCCUUCGCUCCCUUCUCCCAAUCUUCUUCCUCCUCCUCCUCCUCCUCUUCUUCCAUCUUGCCCUCUUCUCUUUUUUCCACGCCUGAUGCCAGCGUGCCAAAAACCUUUGGAUCAUGAUUCAUAUUCCUAACGAAUAACCAAAUCAGUGUUUCUUCUUUUGUUUUGUUAACGGUACAAACACACGUCUUCCGUCUUCCCUUCUCCAUCUUCACCGAGGAGACCUCCGCCAAGGCACUUUUGGAUCGGAUACAUUAUUCACGCUAUAUUAACGGGGGACGAAAGUCUUUGCGGGAUUUAUUAUUCAAGCUUCUUGGAAUUUUCUAACAAACUUUGCAAUCGCGACGUGCAUCCCGGGUGGAGCUCAAUCAAAUAAACAAAUAAAACAAACGUGGAAAUAUGUUCACACUUUUUCGACCGGGAAUAAUAAGACGUGAUUAUUAUUAUUAUUAUGAUUGUAUUGCCUCCUUUUUCUUUUCUUUUUUUUUCAAUAAAA